CGCAGACCCCCGCCCGCAGGCUCCCGGCGCCAAAGCAGGGCCGCCCCGGUCGCAGCCGCCCUCGGAGCGGGGCGCGGAGGCAGGUGCUGGCGUGGCUGCUCCUGGGGGUCCUGGAGGGGAGGACUGCGACGCGGACGCCCGAAGGAGGAGGAAGGGCGAAGAGAAGGGCCUGGAGGCCAGAUCCUGGGGGGCGGGCCUGGGGUUUCCGGACGCGGCUCCUCUGCUGCGCUGUGGACCCAGCGUUGGGAACGCCUCGGGCCCAGAAUCUGUCUCUGGUUCUUGGAGAUUCGGAAUCUCCUAAACGCAGCUGAAGCAAAUCGGGCUCCGGAGUCGCGUCGCUGAGGGCCGGGUGCGGAGGGAGGGGCUGCCCGUUUGGGAUAUGAGACACCGGUCUUCUUUGGUUCUUUCUCCCCCAGUCCCGGGUCCCACCCCCCACUUCCGACCUCCCCUGGGCUAGUCCCAGCCCUCCUGACCCCCACGCUGCCCCGGGUCCCUCCCCAGCCCUGGGUGCCACCUGGGGGUUGAGAGCCCCCAAAGCGCAGUGCUUCUCGGAGCACUCUGCCAUCCGACCUGGGCAUCCCCCCACCAGCCUGCUCCCCACCAUCCUCGGUGAACCCCCUCACACAUCCUGUGGUUAUUGCGUCUCCUGACUUCCACCUUCUAGUUUGUCCACUUCUCCUUUCCACACUACCAAGAUGCCCUCCCCCCCUCCCCCAACCGGGAGGCCAACCUGCCACCCCCAGCAGCCAGAGGCGCCCUCCCCUCUCCCAAAUGCCUUCAGCCCAGAUUCUCAGCCUCUCCGGCCCUGGGGCCUGUUCUCUGACGCCCGGGAGUCCCCAUUUCCACACCCCGUCUGUGCUGGUCCCUUUGCCUCAGUGCCUUUCCUACUCUGGUCCAUGGUCACCUGCCCUCACCUGGGGGAGGCUGCCCCUUCCCCUUCUGCAGGUCUCCUCCAGAUCGGGAACCGUUCUGACCUGGGCUCUGACCUCCCCGCCCAGGUACCUGCUGGAGCAGCGAGACGUGGAGGUGAACGUGCGGGACAAGUGGGACAGCACCCCCUUGUACUAUGCCUGCCUCUGUGGACACGAGGAGCUGGUGCGCUACCUGCUGGCCAACGGAGCCCGCUGCGAGGCCAACACCUUUGAUGGGGAGCGCUGCCUCUACGGGGCGCUGAGCGACGCCAUCCGCCGGGCGCUGCGCGAUUACAAGCAGGUGCCGGCCUCCUGCAGGCGGCGGGACCCCUACUCCAGCUUCCUGCUGCGGCUCCUGGAGCAAGGCCUCCACAGUGACGUGGUCUUCACAGUGCACGGGAGGUCCUUCCGGGCCCAUCGCUGCAUCCUGGGCGCUCGCAGCACCUACUUCGCCAACAUGCUGGACACCAAAUGGAAGGGCAAGAGCGUCGUGGUCCUCAGACACCCCCUGGUCAACCCCGUGGCCUUUGGGGCCCUGCUGCAGUACCUGUACACAGGCCGCCUGGACGUCGGCGUGGAACACGUCAGCGACUGCGAGCGCCUGGCCAGGCAGUGCCGGCUGUGGGACCUGCUCGGCGACCUGGAGGCCAAGUUGGCUUCCAAGCCAGGCCCGUGUGUGAAGGUGCUGACUGUCGAGCCCCCCCCAGCAGACCCCCGGCUGCGGGAGGACCUGGCCCUGCUGGCUGACUGCGCCCUGCCCCCCGAGCUCCGGGGUGACCUCGGGGAGCUACCCUUCCCUUGCAACGGCCUCAACAGCUUUCCCGACAUCUGCUUCCGAGUGGACGGCUACAGCUUCCUGUGUCACAAGGCCUUCUUCUGCGGCCGCAGCGACUACUUCCGGGCCCUGCUGGAGGACCACUUCCAAGAGAGCCAGGAGCCGGAGGCCUCAGGCGGUCUCCCGGCCGUCACCCUGCAGGGCGUCUCAGCCGAAGUCUUCACCCACGUGCUGUACUACGUCUACAGCGACCACACGGAGCUGCUGCCGGAGGUGGCCUACGACGUGCUGGCUGUGGCCGACAUGUACCUGUUGCCGGGCCUGAAGCAGCUAUGUGGCCGCAGCCUGGCCCAGCUGCUGGAUGAAGACAGCGUGGUGGGCGUGUGGCGCGUGGCCAAGCUGUUCCGCCUGGCGCGCCUGGAGGACCAGUGCACCGAGUACAUGGCCAAGGUCAUCGAGAAGCUGGUGGAGCAGGAGGACUUCGUGGAGGCUGUGAGGGAAGAGGCUGCAGCCGUGGCGGCCCGGCAGGAGACGGACUCCAUCCCGCUGGUGGACGACAUCCGCUUCCACGUGGGCAGCGCGGUGCAGACCCGCAGCGCCACGGAGCAGGCGCAGCAGCGGCUGCAGGCACUGGAGCAUCUGCUGGUGGCCAUCGGCCUGGACUGCUGACCUGCACGUGUGCUUGCCUGUGUACGGGGGUCACUGUGGGAUGAGGCCCUCCCCCAGCACAAACCAGCCCUAAGGCCGUGGGGCUGGGCACCACUCAGGGAAACCUGGGGUGGGGGUCUCUAAGGGCCCCCCGCCCCUCCCCACCGUCCUGCAGUGGCUGGUCUCCCUGGCAGAGCUGGCUUCUCCUUGUGUAGAGCAGCCAGCAGGGAGCGUGAGAGUGUGUGGCAAUAAAGCUUGAAUUCACUGUGGGAGCCUGUGUCCCGGGCACAGGGACAGGGCCUGGGGAAGCUUGGGGGUUGGGGCCCGAGGAUGGUCUCUGCGCCGUCAGUGCUGCUAGUGCUCCCUGGCUGUGGCGGCUGUGACCUCAGAGCUGCCUGCACGUCCUGACUGCAGGGCCGGUUGGGGGAGGCCCCGGCCAGCCCAGCAGCAGGGCGCCAAGUCCAGUGGGCCUCACCAGGCCUGGCUCCCUCCACUGGCCACUGCCUUCCCUCAGCCCAGGGCCCACCUCCCUCACGCCAGCCUCUAAACACCGUUGCGUGAAAAAAAAAAUAUAUAUCCCCAUACCUUUUACUGGGAAUAAUCAUAUGCAUUCUGUCCCAGCUCAACAUCCCCACACUUUUCACGUUUGGAGAAACAGACCAGCCAACAAAACAACAGAAGCGAAACAGCUUGUAGGUAAACCAGUGUAGGGGCACCUUGUUGUCUCACCCCAAGGGAGACGGCAUGACCGCGGGGCAGGUGACUGCUAUGCUGAGUCCUGGGGGACUGGAGCCAAAGGCAGACCAGUAAUCCUAUUUGAAAUGUCAGUGUUUGGUUCGUCACUAAUUUUGAUUUUAAAAUAAAAUAUUACAUUAAAAUAU